CAUGCUCUUUUUCUGCAACUCAGUCUAGAAUUUUUUAUUUCCGUUUUCAUUGUCUUGCAGGAUUCGAAAAGUAUAUUUUAAGUCUAAUAAGUGCAUUUGCUAUGGCAUAUAAACUGCAGUUUCUUUUAUAGGAAAUAUUAUAUGUGCAGUGAAUGUUCUUGUAAAAUAACUAUUAAAAUUAUAUGUGAAAUAUCGACAUAGUUGAAUGUGUCAGGGUGGUAAAGGAAUAAAUUAUCACCAUUGGGUUUCGUGUUUGAAGACUCAGAUAAUAUGAAGCACUUAGCAUCACGGCAACGACUGCUAACAUUUAGCCAGGCGGAAGAGUUAGAACAGUCAACGGGAGACCAUGCUGACCGCCCAUCAUUCUCCAAAAUGGACGAAGAACUUUUGAAAGGUGACGAAGAUGCCGUUGGAUUUUUUUCUGCUAUGUUGACAACAAUAUCUUUGUUCUCGUACUCGUUGGAUAUAGCUUCCUCAGCUGUAUUAUGCUACUGGCUAUUCAAUACUGGGCGAUGGUGGUGGUGGUUAAGUAUCGCAUCUUUGCUCUGUGCUCUGCUCAUUGUUAAUAUCUUUAGUAUGCGUUGGUACAUUCACGAUGCUCAAGAGGACAAAGCUCACGUUUUAAAAGUAUCUACCUCCCACUGGGUUAUGAGAGUACUUUUUCACAUAGUUCUCUUAGGACCUAUCAUUAGGUAUUUAGAAUUGUUUUUGUAUGGAUUGCACAGUUGUGAUCGAAAUGAUCCCAAGCGUUACCAGUAUCGUCUCAUGUUCUUGCAAGAAGAUAGAGAUACUUCACUUUUGGCACUGGUUGGCAGCUUUGUAAAAUCUGCACCUCAGUUGGUUCUCCAUACUUAUAUUCUAACGCAGAAUAAGUUCCCCAUCAAUUUGCCCACAACUAGAGCUCAGGCAGUCAACUUAAUAGCAGCUCUGAUAGAGCUAUCCUUGGCCCAGAGUUCGUAUCACCGAGCCCUACGAAGAUCUAUACCUACAAAGCGCAAUAUAAGUAAAUCAGGAGCGACUGUGCAGUUUCUUAGCCACUUAUGUGUUAUCGCAUCAAGAGUACUAUCCCUCGCUGUAUUCGCCUCUCUAUACGCGCACUGGGUUUUUGUAUUUUGUGCAAUUCACUGGGGUCUGAUGACUGCUUGGUUAAUUUUUCAAAGAACAUCCUUCUGUGCAUCCGCAUCUGGACAGCCAAGACCUUUGGAAGAACUCAUUUUUAACAUCGUGAUCGGAGUCAUAUAUCUCUUUUGCUUUGUCAACGUUAAAGAUGAACCUACAAGGUGGAAAUAUACAAUUUAUUAUAUUAUCAUUUGGAUUGAAAAUGUUACUUUGGUUACUCUGUGGUACCUGAGAGCUGAUCCAGAUCUAUGGUUUCGCAUUCCUCUCCUUUCCUCUGUUGUCAGCAGCUUAGCAGCUGGUUUGCUACUAUUAAUUAUUUACUACAUGUUUCUGCAUCCUAACAAAUUAGUGACUCCGAUAGCUGUGUGAAGAAUUUCAUCAACCAUCUAACCGAAGAAUAUAAUGUCAUCAAUAAUUUAGUGGAGUAAACCAUUUGUACCUCCAUAAAGAAACCUAGAUCUGUGAAUAAUGUAAUAAAUAACUUUGUUUUCUCUUCAAGCAGAGAAUAACAUCGUAAAUCACAAACUAAAUUACUUUUCGUUCCACAGAAGCGAACGACAGUAAAGUAUUUGUGCUAUCAACAGCCAUAUUAAUGAAUGGUCUACAAAAAUAUUUUGCAGCAAAUGGCUUAUUGGAUGAACUACACCUAGAAUUAAAAAUUUUGACAGCAAGUUCGAGUUUAAUUGUAUACUGGAAAAACUUUAUACAGGAACGAGAAAAGCACAUGAGAACAAACCAGCUUUCAAUCUAAAAAAGCUUUAAAGUGUGGAGAAAUUGUGAUUGCACGAAUUUGCUUUCCUCGAACAGAAGGAAACAACGCACUUCACAGAGAACAGAAAUGAGUAAUGUCUGAUAUGAUAAACAAUGUUAAAAAGCUGAUAAGACGAUAAGAUCAGUGUUGUAAUUGUGUAUUUUUCAACAAAAAGAAGGUAAGCUAAAAUCUGAUUCACUUUUAUCAUCAAAAUACUGUAACAAACUGUGUCUUUAUUUAAAUAAAAAAAUCUGAUGUGUACGCUA